AUGUCAGCAAAAGACCUCCUGCUGCAGCAGCAGCAGCAACAAAAUAAACUCUCCAUACAAAACAAACAGCAGCAGCAGCAGCAGCAGCAGCAGCAGCAGCAGCAGCAGCAGGAGCAGCAGGAGGAGUCAGAUACCGCCACAAACGACGCAGAAAACGGCGUUUCCAGCAGCAGCAGCAACAGCAGCAACAGCAGCAACAGCAAGCAGCAGCAGCAGCAACAGCAGCAGCAGCAGCAACAGCAACAGCAGCAGCAGCAGCAGCAGCAGCAGGAGAAGCAACGACCCUCACAAGCCUUUGUCUUUAAUCAUCUUCUCACAUGCAGAUGGAAAACAUACGGAAACAGAGUUGUACCCGGGGACCUGCUGCUGCUGCAGCAGCAGCAGCAGCAGCAGCAGCAGCAGCAGCAGGAGCAGCAGCAGCAGGAGCAGGAGCAGGAGGAAGAAGAGUUGUGUUGUGAUGGGUUUGAGUUCGAUGGUGUUUCUGCUGCUGCUGCUGCUGCUGCUGGUGCUGCAGCAGCAAAAGUAAAAGUUGUUGCUUCUGCUGCUGAAGCAGCAGCAGCAAGUAUAAAUGAUGUUGUGCUGCCGCUGCUGGGGAGCAGCAGCAGCAGCAGCCUGCUGCCCCCCUACCUGCAGCAGCAGCUGCAGCAGAUAUGUCAGCAGCAGCUGGGUAUCUCUGUCUCAGAUUUCGAGCAGCAGCAAGUACCCCAUCGUCAUGCUGCUGCUGCUGCUGCUGCAGCAAGACGCAGCAGCAAACUGCAGCAGCAGCAGCAGCAGCAGCAGCAGCAGCAGCAGCGGCGAGGACGCAGGAAACCACUAAAGUGUAUAGGAGCAUCUGAGCUGCUGCAGCUGCUGCAGGAGAAAGAUAAAAUAGAAAAAAACAAAGACAAAGACAAAGACAAAGACAAGCUGCUGCUGCUGCCGCUACCUGGGGGCUAUAGAAAGAUUACUGCAGCAGCAAACGCAUGCAGCUGGCAGCUAAUAAGAAACGCAGCAACUGCAGCAGAACCACCAACCCCACUCCUUCUCAGCGAUCUAGAUAUACUAAAACACAACAAACGUAAACAGAAACAACAGCAGCAGCAGCAGCAGCAACAGCAGCAACAGCAGCAGCAGCAGCAGCAGCAGCAGCAGCAGCAGCAGCAGCAGCAGCAGCAGCAGCAGCAGCAGGAGCUGCCUGUACACCGCAUUUCUUUCGAUGAUGAAUUCAAUUCAGACGAAAUUUGGGAUCUCAGUGAAAAAGAUACAAAAAAAAAAAUAAAUAUAAAACAACUAACACAAACUGCAGCAGCAGCAGCAGCAGAAAAAGAAGCAGCAGCAGCAGCAACAGAAGCAGCAGCAGCAGGAGCAGCGGGAACAGAAGCAGCAGCAGCAGCAACAGCAACAGCAGAAAGAGCAGCAACAGCAGCAUCAAACGCCGCCAGCAGCACCAACCCCACCACCACCAGCAGCAGCACCAGCAGCAGCACCAGCAGCAGCACCAGCACCAGCAGCACCAGCACCAGCACCAGCAGCAGCAGCACCAGCAGCAGCAGCAGCAGCAGCAAGAUAUAUAUAGAUGAGAAGAGCAGCAGCAGCAACUUGUGUUUAGCUGUUCGUCUUUGGCUCCCCCCGGGCGUUUACUGCACCAUGGCGCUCAGAGAAAUACUACUAACUGAGCUACAAGAAAAACAUUAA